AUGGUUCUCCACAGAAUAUUUCAAGACGGUAACAUUCGCGCUUUCCAAAAGUUUUCAAAGAAGGAGAUAGAAUUCAGUUUGAAAAGUGAGAACAAAGAAUUUGAAAAUCCACUGUGUUGUCUGUAUUAUCAACACCUUUCACAUCUCUCGAAUUUCCACAAAACGUACUUCUGGUUCGCGGGCGAUUUUUCCAUUGCACAGAAUACUAAAAUACCGGCAAGUCUUAAAAUGGAGAAAAGCAUAGUUUUUUUAUGGGACGAGUUGAACAAGAUAUUCAAUGAAGACCAUGUCCUUCUUAUGAAAAUAAAAGACACUGAUAGAGAGAAACCCGUUUUAUUUCAAAUGAGCAGAAUGAUUGUCAGAGAAAUGCUGUUUUUGUUUGAUGACAUCAAACUUCUUGUCAACCUCAUAAAAACAGACCAAACACUCAAUGGUCAAUUUUCUUUGUGCCUUGAUCAAGCUAAAAAAACACAGAACAAACUGUUAAAUGUUGUUUUGUCAUUUAUUGACGUCUUUCAAAAAGGGAUGCGAGCCGAAAAUUGUGAAAAAGAAAUCUUGUUCAAAACAAACACAACUGAUGGACUAGUGUUUUGCAAACUGUUUAGUGUCAGUCCUUCCUGUCUUGACUGUGGAAAUGCUUAUGUUUUAUGA